AUGCGUCUGUCAUCAUUUUUGGCCUUGUUCAGGCCGGCUUUACCCCUGAUCCUGGGGCUGUCUCUGGGAUGUAGUCUCAGCCUUUUAAUGGUGUCCUGGACACAAGGGGACACGGAUGACCCCUGCAGAGACGAGCUGACCCCGGGCAGGCUCUUUCUGGGCAGAGGAGAUGCUCAGAGGGGCGGAAGAGGUGGAGCUGGAGAGGAGGACUUCCAGCCACGGAUUGUACCUUAUCACAAGGACCCGAACAAGCCCCACAAAAAAGUCCUCAGAACCAGAUACAUCCACACCGAGCUGGGCAUCAGAGAGCGACUGCUGGUCGGCGUUCUGACCUCUCGGGCCACCCUCAACACGCUCGCCGUGGCGGUGAACCGAACAGCUGCCCACCGAUUCCACCGCACCUUCUUCUUCACGGGGCUACGCAGCCCCAAAGUGCCUCACGGCAUGACGGUGAUUGCACACGGCGACGACCGGCCGGUGUGGCUGAUGUACGAGACGGUGCGCCACCUGCAUCAGCACUACGGCUCGGACUACGACUGGUUCCUGUUGGCCCAGGACGACACUUACAUGCAGGCGGAUCAUCUUUCAGAGCUGGUGAGCCACCUCAGUGCAGGUCAGGACCUGUACAUGGGCAGGGCUGAGGAGUUCAUCGGAGGAGAGGAGAAGGCACGCUACUGCCACGGGGGGUAUGGCUACCUGCUUUCCCGCAGCCUGCUGGCCCGUCUGCAGCCGCACCUCGACACCUGCCGCAACGACAUCCUCAGCGUGAGACCCGACGAGUGGCUGGGCCGCUGCAUCAUCGACUUCCUGGGUCUGAGCUGCGUAGAGGUGCACCAGGGGAUGACGUACCGUUACUUUGAGCUCGGGAAGAACGCCGAUCCGGAGCGCGAAGACAGCGUCGAGUUUAAAAACACCUUCACGGUUCAUCCCGUGUCCGACCCAAAUCUCAUGUAUCGCCUGCACAAACGCUUCAACCACAUUGAGCUCGAAUGGACUUAUCAGCAGAUUCAGCAGCUGCAGAUGCAGAUCAGUAAUUUGAGCGACCUGACGCCGGAGGGGAAAGCUGGGGUCACGUGGCCGAUUGGAAUAACCCCCCCCUUCAAACCCAAGACUCGUUUUGAGGUCAUAAACUGGGAUUACUUCACAGAGGAGCACGUUUACACCUGCGCCGACGGCUCGCCCAAGUGCGAGAUGAGAGGCGCCGACCGAGCCGACGUCAGCGCGAUACUAGAGGUCGCCGUGGAGCGCCUCAACGAGCACUACCAGCCGCAGCUCCGCUUCCGCAAGCGGCGUCUGCUCAACGGGUACCGGCGCUUCGAUCCCACCCGCGGCAUGGAGUACAUUCUGGACUUGGCGCUGGAGGCCUUCACCCAGAAAGGCCACAGCCAGAUCAUCGCCAAACGGGUCAACCUGCUGCGACCCCUUAGCACCGUUGAGAUCAUCCCUAUGCCUUACGUGACGGAGGCGACACGGGUGCAGGUCAUCCUGCCCAUCACAGCCCAGGACCAGGACUUCGUUGGCAACUUCCUCGACAUGUACGUGAUGAACAUGUUGGACACCCACGAUAACGUGUUGCUGACGUUCUUGUUCAUUUACGAUCCCUUCGAAGCACAAAGAGUUAGCCAGACGGACGUGUUCGCCGGCGUCAAGUCCAUGAUCGGGGAGGUGGAGAAACGCUAUGGCGACGUGAAGAUCCCUUGGAUUAGCGUAAAGACGGAGGUGCCUUCGCAGGUCAAGCUGAUGGACAUCAUCUCUAAGAAGCACCCCGUCGACACGCUGUUCUUCCUGGCGAGCGUUUGGACCGAGGUCAACUCGGACUUCCUGAACCGCUGCAGGAUGAAUGCCAUCAGCAACUGGCAGGUGUUCUUCCCCGUCCACUUCCAGGAGUACAAUCCUGCCGUCAUGUACCGCGACCAGCAGCCCUCGGCCUCCUCCUUCGCCUCGGAUUCGCUUCGAGAUGGCCACUUUGACCGCCACGUCUUCGACGAGGCUUGCUUCUACAAUACGGACUACAUGAGCGCCCGCACGAAGAUGGCCGCGGACAUCCUGGACAACGAGGAGCUGCUGGAGAGCAUGGACGUGUACGACAUCUUCGUGCGUUACUCGGGCCUGCACGUGUUCAGAGCGGUGGAGCCGGCGCUGGUCCAGAAAUACGUGCGGCGAGCUUGCAACCCACGCUUCAGCGAGGACAUCUACCACCGCUGCGUCCUCAGCAACCUGGAAAGUCUGGGGUCUCGAUCGCAUCUAGCCAUGGCUCUGUUUGAGCAGGAACAGGCCAACAGCACGUAAAACGGUCUGACGGGACGAUUCUGAAGAAGCAGCUUCAACACGGUGGAACAGCGUCGGAGUCAACCAAAAACCAACUCCUCGAGCAGAGCCGACGACUCGCCUCCUGCAGCUUCUUAUAGGAACUUAUUAAUUUAUAACCUUCAACGAGGAUGUUAUGUACUCCCAUUUUCUC